AUGAGGUUCCUAUUUUUUUACCCGAUUCUCUGUUCUGCUUUUGUAAAGAAUGUCGGCUCCAUCUUCCACCACAAUUUCUCUUUCACAUUCAAAGAAGUGAAACAAGUCAGCACGAGCAAAAGCGACAUCAACAAAUUCGAAAUGGAACUCAUGUUAUCAUUCAACAAGCAAAUGACUUCAAAGGAAUUCUUCUUGACAUCUUUCAUACCUGCGAAAAACUUGCAUGUAUUGUCCUUCAAAAGAGAUAACAACAGUGGCGAGCAAGAAAAUGUAGAAAUUCGUCUUAAUAAAGAAGAAGUUAAAGAAAAGGAUCCAUGCGAUUAUCAGAUAACAUCCAAAAUGUACCUACUGAAGUUACACACUGAAGAAUUAAAAAAAUUUAAAAUUUAUCGAUAUCCUUUUACAAAUAAACAGAACCCUCCAGAAGUCCCGUCCCAAUAUGAAUACUCUGAAAAAUCUCUAAAAAACUUCUUUCCGAGUGAAGGAAUAAUAUACGCUUCUAAUUAUUAUUUAAAAUUUUCUGUGGAAAUUAACAAGAACCAAUUUAACUCGGAUGAUAUAUGGAUAUUUUCCAUUUCUGAAAAGAAUAAAUUUAACACGGGAAAUCAAGAGUGUGUAAUUUACUCUGGCCAAUUGGCCGAAGUCUUUUUGCCACGGGCGACCCACAACGACACUUUCCUCCUGUACUGCAACAGUACCACAAAUGCAGAACUACUAAACUUAGUCCCUGAAUUAAGAAGAAAAUUUGAUGUUCAGAUAAAAGCCACUAAAAUGUUUUAUGGAGCACAGGAUGCGAUAUACAUUGUCCAAAUGGAUUUGGAAAAAAUUGCUUCUCCAUUGAAGUUGAACCAAGUGAUGAUCAGGAUGAAACUGCCUUUGGACCUCUGCUAUGCCAACUCUUGCUUUAGCAAAAACCGGGAGAACCCAUGCUCCAACAUAAAAUCAAAUCCAUUUGACGAGUGCACUUACAUAUUUAGAAAUUAUGAAUUUAUUUUCAAAUCAAAGGAGAGUAAGGAUAUUAAGGGUAAAAUAGAAAUUGUCAUAGAAAAUAUGAACAACCCACUCUUAAAUUUAGAAAGUGAUAAAAAUUGGAAGAUAAACUUGUUUACUAUCGACAAUUCAAGUUUUGUAAUUACUAUGGAACAUAAAGAAAUAUUAGAAAAGGUUUCCCAUGACAUAUGUUCCAAAAAAUUUAUAAAGAAAUUUGUAAAUAUAUAUGAAGACACUACAAUGUGGAAAAAUUCCCACCUUGUGUUAGUACAAACUCCGCAGUUGAUCCCUCUCUUAGUGGAACCUAUCAACCAGCAGGGGCUCCUUGAAGAUCCUCUCAUAAUUCAACUAAGAGUCCGAUUCCCAGAUACCAACGCAUUCAACAAAUGCAUCAUAGAACUGAAAUCCAUCCACAGAUUCACGUCAGCUGGUAGCAGAAGUGAGCAUAGGUUUAACAUGUACAAUCACAAAUUGGUUUUACCCAAUUCUGUAUUCAAACCAGUUGAAAGGGAUGAAACCAUUUUGCAAAUAGAAAAGGAAUCUAUCAAAAAUAAUGACAUUAUACAAUUCGCUAUUAAUGUAAAUAAGUAUAAUAAUAAAGAAUAUUGGAAAUUUACACUUAUCUGCUUAAAUAAUCAAGACAAAUAUGUGAGGGAGGCACAAACGCUGUUUACUUAUCCCAUAGAAAAUAAAAAAAUAUUCAUAAGUGAUUUAUACCUUAGAGAAAAAGUUGGACCCAAUACAUACCGUUUUUACUUGAAUAUAUUUGUAUUCGAUGAGAAGGAGGUAGAAAUUAAGUUGUCACUUAAAAAUAACGCGACGAAUGGUUUAACAGGUUCUAAUAACGCAAUAGUAACAAAUUUCAAAACACAUCUGACCGAUGCAUGUGAAGCAUAUGUACAUACGUCUUGCUACAACUUAGUGUUUCAUGAAUGCUCCAAAUCGGAACAAGCCAUAUUGUAUCAAAUAAAUUCAUACAAAUCUACAAACAAACAUUUCACUGCACUAUUUCCUCUCGUAAUUCCAGAGGGAGAAAAACAAUUCCAUUUACAAGUUAAUGUAGAAACAAAAAAACAUGAAAUACAUGUCCAAAAAGAUAUCCAAGUACGUGUUGAUGACAUACUUAUACAUAAUGCAAAAGCACCUUGUGUAAAUAAUCUAAUUUCAGUAUUAAAGAAGUAUAAAACACAUGAAGAAUCUCAUUUGUUUCUUCUAUUUAAAACUGUGAAUUGUCACAAAAUUUAUGAACCUUUCCUAAUUAAUCAUCAAAAUAAUGAAACCUUUUAUGCAAAAGUGGAUUCAUCAGAAAAUAAUGACAAAUUUACAUUUCAAAAAAUGUAUAGACAAACAUAUCCAACCAAUUAUCAAUCCAUAUCACAAAAUAUAUUUGACUCUCAUGUAAUUAGCAUCAUUACUAUUGUUCUAAUUGAUGAUUCACUUUUUUUAAAUACACACAUGAGAAAUGGGAAGGAAGAAUUUCUACAAUUUUUGAAAAACAAAAAAUUUCCCUUCCGAUUCAACAAAUAUUACGUAGUUAACUAUUCCAAUCAAAAUGUACUCAUAAAUCUGUACAAAUAUAUCGAUGCUGGGAAUGUUAAAAUUGAUAUUGUGCAAAAAUCUUCAGACAUACAAAAUGUCGCAGCAGCAUUAGACAAAGUCAUUGCAUUUGCUGAAAAUGCCAAGCAAACAGAAAAUUAUUACAUGCAUAGUGAAUACAGCAUUUUGCUAUUAACCGAUAUCAAAGGAAUGGAAAAUGUAAAAACAGUUACAGAUAAAUAUGUAAAAAGUGAAAAUGAUAUAAAUAAAAAUUUUUCAAGAAUAUAUGUUAUAUCUUUUGAAAAUGGACAUUAUUCUAACAGUGAUAUGUUUAACGAGUCUAUUCAAAGUGUGCGAGAUAUGUAUACAUAUAAUAAAAAAAUGAAAGACGAUAUUUUAUUCAUUUCUUUUCAUAAAUAUACUAUUGAUGAAAGACUAAUGUUGCAUUAUGCAAAAGCUGUAAUACAAGAUUAUAUCCUUUUGCACAUACAUAUUUAUAAAACAGCAUGGUAUUUAAUAGGAAUAUGUAGGUACAACAUCAUAAAAAAUAGCCCAACAACAAGAAAGUUGCAUUUGUAUUACGUUGAUAAAAAUGUUAAAACUGUUACUUAUACAAUAUCUUCAGACGAGGCUAAAAAAGUUCUCGACAAUUCUUCCCCUUCUUCCUUUCAAGACAUGUGCAACAUUUUUACACAGACUCAGUUAUUGGGACACACUUAG